AGAGCAUGCGUCGUAAUAAGCAAAACCAAAUUUUAAGUGGCAAAGAAAAAUCCUUAAACCGUAGCCGCAAGGACCAAAGAGAUGGUUCAAACUCUAAGCACCUCAUCAUCUACCACGUGGCAGCCUGGCAAUCUUGAUUCUGUGGCGGUCGAGGAUUCAGAAUACAAUCCUCACAUACGUUAUCGAACAAUUACUGUUUAUAAGUUUUCCCUCACCUCCAUUCUGCAUCUCCUCUACUCAAGGGACACUCUCCAAUUCAGCUGCUUUUCUCUUUUCACACUUUCAUUCGACCACCGCCGUUCUUCCACGAUGGCUGCCGCCGUCCCCACCAUUGGCGCUGUCAACAGAGCACCGUUGAGCUCUGGUCCGGCAGCUGCAGUUCCAAGCUCAGCUUUCUUUGGCAUCAGCUUGAAGAAAGUGAGCCCGAGAUUCGCCAACAAGGCUCCAGUGAGCUUCAAGGUUUGCGCAGAAAGUGCAGAGAUUGACGAGUCGCAGCAGACUGACAAGGACAAGUGGAAAGGCCUUGCUUAUGAUGUCUCUGACGACCAACAGGACAUCACCAGAGGCAAGGGUAUGGUGGACACUCUGUUCCAGGCUCCCAUGGGAGAUGGAACCCACUACGCCGUCAUGAGUUCCUAUGAGUACAUGAGCCAAGGGCUCCGCACAUAUAACUUGGACAACAACAUGGAUGGUUUUUACAUUGCCCCUGCUUUCAUGGACAAGCUUGUUGUUCACAUCACCAAGAACUUCAUGUCCCUCCCUAACAUCAAGGUUCCUCUCAUCUUGGGUAUCUGGGGAGGAAAAGGUCAGGGAAAAUCUUUCCAAUGUGAGCUUGUCUUUGCAAAGAUGGGAAUUAACCCAAUCAUGAUGAGUGCUGGAGAAUUGGAAAGUGGAAAUGCCGGUGAACCCGCCAAGUUGAUCAGGCAAAGGUACCGUGAGGCUGCCGACAUCAUCAGGAAGGGUAAGAUGUGCUGCCUGUUCAUCAACGAUCUUGAUGCAGGAGCUGGUCGUCUCGGUGGAACCACCCAGUACACCGUUAACAACCAGAUGGUUAACGCCACUCUCAUGAACAUCGCCGAUAACCCCACAUGCGUGCAACUUCCGGGAAUGUACAACAAGGAGGAGAACCCCCGUGUCCCCAUCAUUGUCACCGGUAACGAUUUCUCCACCCUCUACGCUCCUCUCAUCCGUGACGGUCGUAUGGAGAAGUUCUACUGGGCACCCACCCGUGACGACCGUAUUGGUGUCUGCAAGGGUAUCUUCAGGAGUGACAAUGUCGCAGAUGACGACAUUGUCAAGCUCGUCGACACCUUCCCCGGCCAAUCCAUCGAUUUCUUCGGUGCCGUGAGGGCCAGAGUGUACGAUGACGAAGUGAGAAAGUGGAUUGGCGGUGUCGGAGUCGACACCGUUGGAAAGAAGCUGGUGAACUCUUUGGAAGGACCACCAACCUUCGACCAACCCAAGAUGACAAUCGAGAAGCUCCUGGAGUAUGGAAACAUGCUGGUGGCUGAACAAGAGAAUGUGAAGAGAGUCCAAUUAGCCGACAAGUACUUGAGCGAGGCUGCUCUUGGUGAGGCCAAUGAAGAUGCCAUCAAGAGUGGAAUUUUCUACCGUUAGAUCCCUUGAUCCCAGAGGAAAAGCUGCCCAGCAAAUGAACGUUCCUGUUCCUGAAGGUUGCCCAACUUUGACCCAACUGCAAGGAGUGAUGAUGGAAGCUACCUUUGUACAUUUUAAUUAAUUAGCCUUUUCCUUUUUUUAGGUAUUCGGUGGGAGGGUAAAGCACUCUCUAAAGUAUGUGGGAAUAAGGAUUGUUAUCCUUGUUUUUAAGUGGAUUUUAUAUCCUCUGAUUUUGUGUU